UCAGCUGUUUUUAACUUCUUACAAUUUGAUUCUUUUUUUAUUCCUAGUUUUGAAGGUGAAUUUAAUUUGAUCAAUUCUCGGUGCAGUUAUCUAAUGAAGAAUUGCAAUAAUAGAAAUAUAUUUUUGUUGAAAGAACGUGAAGACGUAGAAAUUAUAUUGGAUUACACGAAUUUCUUUAAGUGUUGAUGUUUAUAAACAAUAAUUGUAAAUAUGGCUACAGCUAAGGUGUACCAGCCAGAUCAAGAAUUGGAGACUAAAGUCAAAAAAGCUACAGAGAGAAUUUCAGAAAAUAUGCACAUAGUAGCCAAUGAACCAUCUUUAGCAUUCUAUAGACUGCAAGAACAUGUUCGAAAAGCCUUACCACCAAUGGUGGAGAAACGGGUUGAAGUAUUUGCUCUCAGGCAGCAACUACAGGGUCACACUUAUGAUGUUGAGUAUGCACUCAGUGCUAUUAGAGGAAUGGAAGGGGCUACAAAGAGUUUCAAUAAUACUUUAGAACUAUUGAAGAAUGCUAUUUUUUAUAAACAGCAAAUAAAAUAUGAAGAGCAACGUCGCAAAAAAGCUGAAGGCAACAAAGACUCUAUGUACAAGAGGCUUUCAGCACAUAUUCCUACCCUUCCUGAAGAUCUCUCCGAUGUUGUUAGAGAAACUGCUAAUCGUGUUGAGUCUAUGAUGAAUCAUGCAAGGCAUUCCAAUACAGAAGUUCAACGAACUAAUUAACAUUAGAAUUGAAUCUUAUAAUUUAAGUGCAGUCUCAACUUAGUCAAGCAUUUUAUGUUUGAAUUAUUUAUUAUUAUAGUUUCACGAUGAUCUGUAAAUAGCUUUUUAUUAUGUUAUAUAAUUCUUAUUUCGAAGUUGAGUGAUGAUUUUAAGAGGCUAAAGUUAUUGUAAAUAUUUUUCAUGUAGUUAAAUGCUUCUAUUUAUAUGUUAAAACGAAAUAAAAUUUAUUUAUUAAAAAAAUAUUUGUUAUAAAAACCACUAAUUAUCCGCGUUGCCUCGCAAUCUUUCGCUAACACACAAUUGCACCUAUAUGAAUUUCCAAUUUUUCAGUGAAAAGUGAAAAAAAUUUACGCGUUACAUGAAUUGCGCAUCAAUCAAUAUCAAAAGUAUUCUUUUGUAAUUCCAUUGC